UUGUUUCGGAGCAGCUCCUGACACAAAGGACGAGGAAGUUGGGCCUUUUCUGCAUUUCACGGUCCUGCCUGCAGGCGACCGGUUUGCCUGUGAGGAGGCUCUGUUGGGGGCUUUACGGGCAGUUUUCUCCCGAUGCCGCUGUGAUUGCUCCACGACCUCUCCUCUGAGAAAGAAAUCCAGAGAUCGAGGGGAAGGAAGAAGAAAUGGCCAAUGCUCAGGCACUGCUGACAUUCAGGGAUGUGGCCAUAGAAUUCUCUCAGGAGGAGUGGGGAUGCCUGAACCUCGUUCAGCGGGAAUUGUACAGGGAUGUGAUGUUAGAGAACUAUGGAAACCUUCUCUUCUUGGGUGAGGAUAACUUCCUUCCAGACUUCCCAAACCACACUCAGGGUUUUCUUCCUUCCCUUGAAGACCGUCUCUUGGAAGAUUCUUCUUUGCACGACUGGGAUUCAGAUCGCUGCAGUAAGGGAAGUCUUGUUGUGUCAAAGCCAGACCUGGUCAUCUUUUUGGAGCAAAAGAGGGAGCUCUGGGAUGUGAAGGGAAAGGAGACAGUAGCCAUCCACCCAGAUCUCGUUGUGUGGAAACCAAACCUGGUCCUCUUUUUGGAGCAAGGGAAGGAGCUCUGGGAUAUGAAGAGAAAGAAGAGAGUAGCCAUCCCCCCAGCUGUAUCUUCAAAUGGCACCCAGAGUUUCCUGCCAAAGCUGUGCAUAGAAGCUUCUUUCCAAAACGUGGCAGUGGGUAGAUAUAAGCAUAGUGCCCUUGACAAUUUACACUUAAUGAUAGACUGGAAAAAUGAUGGGGAGAGUGAAGAGCAUCAAAGAUAUCAUGAAGGACAUAUCCAAACUGAGACAACUGUUCAUAAUAUGAAUCUCACUGCCCAAAAUGAUGAAGAAUAUAAAACACUUGGGAAAAUAUCCCUUCUUAAGUCCGCUACUUCUGCAAAGCAGUGUCUUUCUGUAAGCAAGGGCUCAAAUCAAAUGGUGAAACAUACGUAUUUGGAGAAUGAGAAUUUGGAAAAUCUGGAAAGUUGCCCAGUCCAUGCUGAAAAUAAUUAUUUGAACCAUUUUGAAGGUAGGAUUGGAUUGACCUUUGAGUCAAACAUUUCUGAAAAUCAGAGAUUUAAAAAUGAAGAACAAAGUGCUAAGUGGGAUUCAUUUGAGAGGUCCUUCACCGAGGAGUCAACCCUACAAGAUGACCAGAGCAUUUUCAAUGAAAAUAGUAUUGCUCAAUGCAGUGACUCUGAGAACAAAUUUAACGAGGGUUCAAAUGUUAAUAAAUGCGUGAGGACUCAUUUUCCAGAGAAUCAUUAUGAGUGUGAUAAAUGUGUGGAAGUCUUUUAUCAAAGCUCCAACCUGAUUAUACAUAAGAGUAUCCCUAUGGGAGAGAAUCCUUAUAAAUAUGAGUGUGGGAAAUCUGUUAACCAGUCCUCCAAUGUUGGUGAUUAUCAGAGAAUUCAUAUGGAGAAAAACAUAUACAGAUGUAAUAAAGCUGUGAACAUGUUGAGUCAAUCAUCAGGACUAAACAUACAUAACACAGUCGCUACUGGACAGAAAACUUACAUUUGUGAGGAAUGUGGUAAAGCUUUUGACUGGCACUCAACACCAUCUCAACAUCAGCCAGUACCUACUGGAGAGAAACCUUACAAAUGUGAAGAAUGUAGCAAGGUCUUUAUCCACCACUCACACCUUAUUCAACAGGACAGAAUUCAUCCUGGAGAGAAACCUUACCAAUGUGAAGAAUGUGGAAAGGCCUUUAACCAGCACUCAAUGCUUACUCGACAUCAAAGAAUUCAUACUGGAGAGAAACCUUAUCAAUGUGAAGAAUGUGGCAAGGCCUUUAACCAGCACUCAAACCUUAUUCAACAUCACAGAAUUCAUACUGGAGAGAAACCUUACCAAUGUAAAGAAUGUGGCCAGGCCUUUAAUCAUCACUCAAGCCUUACUCAACAUCACAGAAUUCACAGUGGUGAAAAACCUUACAUAUGUAAAGAAUGUGGCCAGUCCUUUAACCAGCACUCAAACCUUACUCGACAUCACAGAAUUCAUAGUGGAGAGAAACCUUAUAUAUGUAAAGAAUGUGGCCAGGCCUUUAACCAGCACUCAAAGCUUACUGAACACCUCAGAAUUCAUACUGGAGAGAAACCUUACAUAUGUAAAGAAUGUGGCCAGGCCUUUAACCGGCACUCACAUCUUACUCGACAUCACAGAAUUCACAGUGGAGAGAAACCUUACCAAUGUAAAGAAUGUGGUAAGGCCUUUAACCAGCAGUCAAAGCUUACCGAACAUCACAGAAUUCAUACUGGAGAGAAACCUUAUAUAUGCAAAGAAUGUGGUCAGGCCUUUAACCGGCAUUCACACCUUACUCGACAUCACAGAAUUCAUAGUGGAGAGAAACCUUACAUAUGUAAAGAAUGUGGUGAUACCUUUAUCCAGCACUCACACCUGACUCGACAUCACAGAAUUCAUACUUGAAGGAAUCCUAACCAAAAUAAUGUGCCAAGGCCUUUAAGCUGUGCUAAAGUCUUAACUUCUGAUCAGAGGAUGUAUACUGGAGAAGAUUUUGCAAACAUAAUGAAUUUGGCAAGCCCUUUAAUCAGAAGUCAAGCUUCAUUGACCACCAGAGAGUUCAUAUUGGAGAAGAAAACUUAGAAAUGUAAAGAAUGUGGUAAAACUUUUAGGAUUGCUCAACUCUUACUCAGCAUCUCAGAGUUCAUACUGGGGGGAAACAUUACAAAGGUAAAAGAAUGUCUCAAGCCUCUAGCUGGAACUCUCAACUUACUGAACAUCAUAGUUCUCAUCACAGGAUGGAAACUAAAAUACAGAGAUUGCAGUGCCUUUAACUGGAAUUCAAUCCUUAAUAUCCAAAAAUUCACACUAGAGUCAAACCCUACAAACUUAUGAAUGAGGAAAGACCUUCAUUUUAAAUAUACACAUUAGUAAACACUCGUGAGUGCAUAAAGGACAGUAACUUGAAAGAUGUAAAUACUUAGAAAUGUGUAGCUGAACAUCAAAUGUCAAUAAAUGUCACAGAAAUCAAGUACAAAGCACUAUGUCAGUCAAUCUAUUCAGAUACUACAUCACAAUACUCAUGAUAAGGAAUAAUAACAAAGUUAAACUGUUAGAAAUGUCUGUCCUCUUAUGCUUCAAAAGAUUAAGUGGAUAGAUUUUUGCAUAGUUCUAAUUAAUUUCAAUAUGUGCUUUUUUUUUUUUUUACAUUCGCCCUAUCUGAUAUUUGUGUCUAGCAAAUAUUAAUGUAUCUCUACUCUCAAGUCACUUCAGAAAAUACAUUUAUUUUUAGUAUGUGUGAAAUUGUGUGACUGUUGCUUCGUCAAAGAUAGGAAAUCUCUCCUUCACUAGGUGGGACUCAUGAUAUCUAAUUAUCCAUGGAAGAUGAAGGACAAUAUAAUAUACAAUAUAUAAAGAAAAUCUAAAUGGAGAUAUUGUUUGUGGUUGUAACAUUAAUGACGGUUGUCAUGAAAAAGGUGUUCAGAACAUCAAUCUUUUCCGUUUAUUAAAACUAAAGAACUUUCUGAAUAUUACCAAAAAAAUAUUUUACCAGCUGGUAUUAGAGGAAAAACAGGUGACAAUCCAGUAAAAUUCUGAUGUAUCCUCAUGAUAGCAAUAGUUAGAGAAUAUUAGUGGAUGUGGUUGAAAGGAAGAAAUCCUCACAGAUAUCAUUAAGAGGGUAGCUGGCUCUUCCCCCAACAUGGCAUACAUCCACAUUUGUUGAGAAAGACCUCACACCUGAAAAUUAUUGAAACCACUACUCUCACAUCAUGAUAUCAGUGCUUGAAUGCUUUUUAAUGCUUAUAUACUGUAUUUUGAACAAGGAUUGUAGAGGGGAUUGAAAUGCAUAACUUAGUCUGUGUGUGAACUUAAUAUAUUUUAAUUAAUAAAACAUAAUGGUUUUUAUCGUGUUAACAUGGAUAUGUAAUGAAUGAAGUGUUAUCUGACUACCAAUGUUAACUUAUCUCAUUUUAUAUAGGUUGUAGGUAACUGAUGAUAUCUAUCACCUAUUUGGCAACAGAGUGGAAAUAUUAUCUAGUAAUCCAUUUUCUCACUGGCCUUAAUGUUUAGAUAAUGUGUGAUUGUUUUUCCCUUAGUUUAAAUAUCGUAUCAUUUUCUCCUCCUUGGGACUAGUGGGGUAGUAUAACAGAUAUAUUAUAGAUUGUAUGUGGCUCUCAUUGAUCAACUAAGUGAAGUAUUCCAUGACAGUGCUACUUAGCAUACAUUUUGUGUAGGCAGGAGUUUUGCAGGGGACUUUUAAGUGACACAAGAGAAUCUUACUGGUGCAUUUCCUACAUAACAAACUGUGGAGUCAGAAGUUAAUGUACCUUCUGAUAGGGCAUUCCUCCCAGUCCACCCUUGUGAGCAAACAUUUCUCCUGUCUCCCAUGACUUUCCCCUUAUGUGUCCUUUAGAGAAGACUCCUUCCGAGCUUACUUAAACCUGUUUUAGUUUGAAAGGCUAUCUGGACUUUUCCCAGGGACCCUAAAGCACUCUACCAUGGCCCCUAAUAAAGGUAUGUGCCCCACUUCAUACGUGUGGGUGGUGUUUUCAUGUUUCUAUCUAGUAAACAUACACUUAUAACAAUGGUUUGUGUGUAACAGAUACCCCAUAAGUUAGAGAAAUAUAUUCCGGUAGGAGUGACAUUGUAGCCCCAGUUAAGAGAAAGUACAGAGGAUGAAGAAUUGGCGUGAAUUCUGCAUGUGGAGAGAGGACACCUUUCCUGGGUUGCACAACUGACUCCCUGGAUUUAGAAAAAUAACUUAUACUUGUUUAUUUUCCUAGACAUCUGCAGAUCUCCAUUUCUAUUUAUCCCCAGUUUUAUUUCCACCUACAUAGGCAUCUCAAAUGUUCUUCUUUGCCUGUGUUGUGGUGAGAAUGUCCUCACUGACCUUCUAAUUGAGUUAGAGACAAGUAAGGCCAAUGGGUGUCAAUUCAGACAUUUAGCCCUGGCACGUGGGAUGUAAAUAUAAGUAAAACACAAUGAUGGCAGCAUCCUUAGAGAGAAAGGUAAGACCUAUUAAAAGAAAAUGUGAAGAACUUUUCAGUGUGGGUAGGGAACCCAACGUGGCUCCCUUCAGUCAUUCGAAAGGCACAGGCAUCUCUUGGUGGUGUCAUCUGAUGAGUAAUAGUAAUGGAAUGAAGGAAUUGGCAAGUGUGGUGGGUUUCUGAGGAGUAGGGAAGUCCUGUUUUAUCUUCAUGAUUUAAUUGAAUUCCUGUGUGUUAGUGAGGACCAGGUGCUGUUGUGAUGACUGUGUUUGCCCAGCUCUAGAUCAGUGGCUGUGGAUGGAGGAAGGGUAUUCGAUGAUGCAAUCAUUUAGUGCAUAACUUCAAAAUAUCACAUGGUAGAGUAGCUGUUGGAGAUGAAGAAGCCUUCUGGACAGUGGAAUAGGGAGGCUCAGCAAGAUGUGUGCUGUGGUUUCACAAAGCGCUAGUAUCCCAGGUAUAUAACCCCAACAUAGUUCAAAUCCACUGUAGAUGGGUAUCCUUUCGUGGAAGCUGAUGCAUUGCUGUGCGGGACCUUCCUCCCUUUACUGAGUGCCAUGAUGAGUGUGGGCCUGUGCUCUGGCUCUGUGCCAUGGAUUUCUUGGAGGAGUGGUACAACAGUCAGUGGCAGUGAGCAUUUCUGCUUCAGACAGUCUGGUACCAGUGUUUAUUGACUGAUAAAUGAAUAAAGAAGAUGUGUUUCUAUAUAGAAUGGAAUUUUAGCCUUAAAAAGGAAUGAAAUCUUACCAUGUGCAAUGACAUGGAUGGAGCUAGAUUUUUAUGCUAAUGGAAAGAAGUCAGAGAAGGACAAAUACCAUGUGUUUUCACACAUAUAUGGAAUAUAAGAAACAAGCAAUGGAAUAUAAGAAACAAACAAGCAAAGGAGAAAAAAAAAAGCAGACAGGCAAAUCAAAAAAUAGACUCUUAACUAUAGAGAAGAAACUGAUGGUUACCAGAGUGGAGAGGGAUUGGGGGAUGGGUUAAAUAAGUGAUGGGAAUGAAGAUGUGCAUUUGUUGUAUUGAGCACUGGGUGUUGUAUGGAAUUGUUCAGUCACUAUUGUACACCUGAAACAAAUAUGACAGUGCAUGUUAACUCACUAUAAUUUAAAUAAAACCUUUUAAAAAA